AGGCCGACUAGUGUUGUGUCAGCCAUAGUCCCUCCCUCUCUCUCUGACACAGUCUCUGUGUGUAUCUCCUCCAUUCCCCCCUGUCAUCCCCCCUCCCCUCCGGCUCUCUCUCUCAUACACUGUGUGUGUUGUCACUGCUGCCACCCCCACUUCGCACAGCUCGGUGCCCGGGACAUCGGAACGUACGAUUCCACCCCAACCAAGGCUUAGUGUGAAGACCAGGAGUGGUGAUUUCAGUGGCCAGCCCAUUGUGUAGCCUUAGCUUACAGCUAGACUUGUGGGAUGCAACAUGACCUCGGCUGUGGUGGAUAGUGGUGGCUCAGUGGGCAACUUUGCCAGCAAUGGGGUUGAGAAUCCAGAACAGGAAGAAGUUCAUGUCAUCGAGUACCCUGCUGUCAUUGUAGAACCAGUUCCCGGCGCACCUAUGGAGGAGGGCUAUGCUGCCCAGGUGCUAGUGUAUGAUGAUGAGACCUUUAUGAUGCAAGAUGUUGCAGACGAGCAAGAGAUUGAGACGGAAACUGUGGAGAUAGUUGAAGCAUCCGUACACGGCAGCAAUGUGCAUUGCACCGACAAGACGAUUGAGGCGGCAGAGGCUCUGCUACACAUGGAGUCUCCCACCAUUCUCCGGGACUCCAGGAGCCCAGUGGAAGUGUAUGUCCCGCAAUGUGUGUCUACCCCAGAAUUCAUCCAUGCUGCCAUGAGGCCGGACGUUAUUACAGAAACUGUGGUGGAAGUGUCCACUGAAGACUCUGAGCCAAUGGAUACUUCUCCCAUUCCUAUAUCCCUCGAUCUCGGAGAGCCAAUGAAAAAAAAGAAAGCUGGUCGUAAACCAAAGGUGCAGCAACCCACGUUUGCCAAUGGAUCCCCAGAAUUGGGCAUAAAGAAGAAACCAAGAGAAGGCAAAGGAAAUACAACUUACCUCUGGGAGUUCCUGUUAGACCUUCUGCAAGAUAAGAACACUUGCCCUAGAUAUAUAAAGUGGACGCAGAGGGAGAAGGGAAUCUUCAAGCUGGUGGACUCAAAAGCCGUUUCAAAACUUUGGGGGAAGCACAAGAACAAACCUGACAUGAAUUAUGAGACUAUGGGACGAGCCUUAAGGUAUUACUAUCAAAGAGGAAUUCUAGCAAAGGUGGAAGGUCAGCGAUUGGUGUACCAGUUCAAGGAGAUGCCCAAGAACAUAGUGGUUAUAGAGGAUGAAAAGACUGAAUCCUGCGUGGAAGAGCUGGUGUCUUCAGCAGAUGACAAGUCUCUGGAGCGUGUAUCUAUGCCCACUGAUGGAAUUCUUAAAAUGACAAUGCCGUCUCGGCUGGAAAAAAGCCCCACCCAGCAAAAUUCACCCAGGAAGCCUCGAUUCGUCACCUUCACUUCUCCUGGAAGCGAGGCAUCUCCAAACUCCCCUACCAGCACAACACCAACCCUAACGCAGAGGACUGUCCGUGUUGCAAUGCAAGUGCCUGUUAUGAUGACUUCCCUAGGACAGAAGAUAUCUACAUUGGCCGUCCAGUCCAUGAACCCUGGAAACCAUUUGAUAGCAAACACCAGCCCCACAACUGCUACAGCACCGAAGGUUGUCAUCCAGACAAUACCUACUAUGAUGUCAUCUUCCACGGAAAGUGACAAAUUCACGAUGCAGCCUGCCAAAAUCAUUACUAUCCCGACCACUCAGCUCACCCAGUGUCAUCUGCAAACAAAGUCUAAUCUGAGUGGUGCAGCGGGCUUGAAUCUGUUGGGCACCCCACUGACUGUCCGAGCACUUACUCCUGUGUCAAUUGCCCAUGGCACUCCUGUUAUGAGACUAGCAAUGCCAGCGCAACAAGCCCGUUGCCAGACACCACCACGAGUCAUCAGCACCCUUAUUAAAGGACCUGACAUGAAGCCAGACGGAGAAAUGAAAACAUUUCAUUUGAUGAAGGACGACAAAGCAUCAGACGCAGGCAAAACAGUAACGCAUGUGGUGGUUGUUAGUGCUCCUUCUUCUGGUCUUACCUUGCCAGUGACUGUCAAACAAGAAGGGACGGUGGUGUAUGAAAAAUGAGACAUUCCACUUGUUGUGUUUUGGGUCAAACUGACAAUAAAAUAAACAUUUUCUGGAGGGAAGGGAGAAGGUUCAAGUCCUGUGAGACUUUAAAGCAAGACGGACAAUGUGUAUAUGCGGAGUUUAAAGGAAAUUAACAUUUUACUGGAGUUUUUGUCCACACGCUGAUGGAAUAAUGCCUCCAACAACACACAAAAUUACAGCUAAGGAAAACAAAAACUAAAAGGGACCAAAGCAUUCAUUAAUACAUAAAUAUAUAUAUAAAUAUAUUUUUUAGGUUACAUUAAGUAAAAAAGUGGAACACUAAAACUACUUUUCAGAGUGGCCGUUUGUUUUCCCAAAGUAGAAACUCGAGAUUAGGUCAAUGUGGCAAUUGUAAAUUUAGAUUUUUGUUUUCUAAAUUUCUUUUUUUUAAUGAUGAUUAUUAUUGCUUUAUAUUUACAAUAUAUAUAAUUCCUUUUUAAUACCAGCAAUUUAUACCACUGUGUACAAAUGGCCCUCUCUUGACCGGUGCUAUGUUAAAACCUCUGCAAGGCAAGUAUGUGCAAUGCGAUGCAUGCAGAGAUUGAGAAGAGACUCCCGUUUAAGUUUGUGAAACGAAAAGUGCAAAUGAGAUUUGGGUUAACGGAAAGCAGAUUUCAUAUGGAAGCCUUAGACUGAGUCAGUUUUUUUUUUUUUUUCUUGAAAUAAGCUAAUGGCUUGUUUUGUGUAAAGCAAUCUUUUUAUAUAUAAAUAUAUUAUAGAAAUAUGGAGGAAAAUCUUGUACCUAGCACAGUAUUGGCAUAGAAUUAACUGUAACAUAUUUUAUAUGGUAGAUAAAAGUCUGACUUUUUUUUUUUUUUUAAAUCUUUGUGGCUGAGAUGGUCUGCAAGCAUAUUUUGAGCGCCUUUCAUGCAACAGAGGGGUGAGAUUGGGGGCACAACAGCAGCAGGCAAGCAAGUCUUUUAUGGUAACAUGCUUUUUGUCACACACAAUUCAUGCAUACAUUUCAAUUUUUGCUAUCGAUUUGAAAAGGUCACUGCACGCAUGAGUUCAUAUUUUUUAAUUUUUUUAUUUUUUUUUGGAGAGCAAGAUGUUUGGAGCCUGUUAUUUUGUUAGUUGAAGUUAUGAUGGGGACACUUUAGGGAGGGUUUGGGGAUAAAGUACCAGUGUUCAGAAUGAACUACAAUAGUUUGUAUAUUCAACAUUUGAAGUAUAUUCUAUUUUGUUGUACUCUUGUUUCAAAGUGUAUUCAAGUAGAUUUUACUGCAAUAUAGAAAAUGAAUUUCA